CCCCGAUACCAGAUUGUCGCCUUUACCCUUCAUGUCGGCCUUUAUAAAACCCUGCGAUUCACUAUGGAUUUCUCCAAGAAGCGGAAGGUCGACGAAUUCGGCGUUCCAUCCUCGCCCGACGGCGGCACCGCGAACGCCGUUGCAGCAGGCGCAAGCUUAACACAGGAAGACAUCCGGAAAAUCAUCGAGCCUUUCACCAAGGACCAGCUCCUCGACAUCCUCCAGACCGCCGCCGUCAACCACUCCGACGUCCUCGACGGCAUCCGCUCCCUGGCCGACAGUGACGUCACUCUCCGCAAGCUCUUCAUCAGGGGACUCUCCGCGGAGACGACGUCGGAGACCCUCCGCACACUCUUCUCCACCUACGGGGAGCUGGAGGAGGCCAUUGUCAUCUUGGACAAGAACACUGGGAAAUCGAAGGGGUAUGGUUUCAUUACCUUCAAGCACAUCGAUGGUGCUCGGAUGGCGUUGAAGGAUCCCAGCAAGAAGAUUGAUGGGAGGAUGACGGUCACGCAGCUGGCCUCGGCCGGGCAAUCCAGCUCCGGCGGUGGUGUCGAUGUUUCUUUGAGGAAGAUCUAUGUGGGUAAUGUGCCUUACGAUAUACCUUCAGAGAGGUUGUUGUCUUUCUUCUCGAUGUAUGGGGAGAUUGAGGAGGGACCUUUAGGGUUUGAUAAGUCAUCUGGAAAGACCAAGGGGUUUGCUUUUAUGAUUUACAAGACUGAGGAAGGUGCCAGGGCUGCGAUUGCCGAACCAACCAAGAAUAUUAAUGGGUUUCAAGUUAUUUGCAAACUGGCUGCUGAUAAUAAGAAAGGCAAACCUCAUGGAGCGGACAAUUCACAGAUGCAGCCUAAUCUACAGCAGCCUGCGAUGCAACAGCAACAGCCACCUUACGGCUCGGGCGGUAUGCCACCAUAUGGAGGUUAUUCUGGUGGAGUGAACAGCAAUAGCUAUGGGAUGAAUUCGUCUAUGCCGGGAGCGAUGGGUAAUGGUGUUUAUGGUGGUCAGUAUGGAGUUUCUCAAUACGGGGGACCUGGUUCGGGUGAGUAUGGAAUGAAUAGUGCAGGGGGUUCGAUGUUCAGACCUCCUCCAAGCUCUGCAGGUAUGGGUGCUGGUGGUUAUCCAGAGAGCGGGCCUUAUGGUAUGCCUCAGCAACACCAGCCACCAUCAAUGGCGCCUAGACUUCCACCAGGUGGGAUGUACCCUGGUGGCCCACCCUACUACUGAGUUUUUGAUUCAGGUGUGUGACAGCUUCUUGGGCACAAUGCUUUAAAUGGUUAUCUUGAUAUCUCGUGAAUGCAGACCCUGAAAUCUUUGGUUGUUGUUGUGGACUGCUCUGUGCUCUUUUGUUGCUGCUUCACUCCAUCUCGUUCCAUGAUCUAGAUUCUUCAUGAGAAGGAUUAUAAAGUUCCUUGUUGCUGUGCCUGGGAUAUGUUCUAAUAGAUCUAGUUUAUGAAGAGGUCCUCUGUUUCUCUUGUUCACCUUGGCUGAUAUUUGCCACUUGACACUGUCAUUGUGGCUAGAACUUUAUGUGAUUGAGGAAUCUAAAUUUUCAUUAGUGGAGAAUUGUUGAGCUUAUAUGUUUUUGGUAUCUUCGAAUUUGUACUGUAUAUUGCUUUAUUUGUUUGAGCUUGAGACUAUUGUUCCUUUUAGGGUCAUUCGCUUGACAUGUCAUAACCUGUUCCUUUAUGUUAUAUGAAGACUCUCUUGUGUUCCCACAUCAUUGACUCGAUGGUAGCUGUUCGUCGACGAUCCAAGUUUGAGCAAAUGGAUCAAUCAGAUAUAAUUUUUUGUUCUGGGCAGCUCUGUGUGCUAUGAAAGCUGCAUUCUGUAUAAAUUCCUGCUCUCGCCUACUUCGGGCCACGUCUGGUUUCGAGUAUGAGACUAUAGCUUCAUGUAGGGGUAUUUACUUGAUAUGGUCCAAAUUGUGGUUUUGUUACCAUAAAGAUUUGAAUCCCCUCUUCUCGUCAUCACUUACCUCUGACAAUCACUCUCUUUAGGCCCAUGUUAGAGAAGUAUCUGAUAUGAUGUAGAUUUACUUUGUUGCAUUUGUUUGGGGGAGUGGUUUCUAUAUGUUAUAGGAUAGGAGCUUUAGUCUGUGCAUGCCAUAUAUGCCUUGUCUCGGCAGCAAUGAUGACCAUGCGUAGAUGUCACGGUAGUGCUUAUGUUCGUAAUCCUGUGUUUUAUGAUACAACGUGGCUGGUGCGGCUAUCUGAAAUUGAUGUGCAAUAGCUAGUUAACUGAUGGGUGAAGGACUGAAGGUUCCUGCUGACUGGCUUGACUGACUAGAUUUACAAGUAAUCUGCUGCAUACCAACUUUCGAGGCCUCAUUUUUUUUUUAAUGGUUUCUUACAACUUGCUGAACACAAUUUUCAACUAGGGUGGCUGAUGUUAAUCUUGAAAUGGGUGUAGUUAGCUGAGUGCAAUGAGUGAUUUGCCUGUUGCUUCUUGUUCUUUACGAUCUUUUGGAGUUUUGGUAUUCAUCCUUUUUAUGAAGUCCGUUUAGGAUGAUUGUGAGAAAGGAGUUUAGCAAGGCUGGGUCUGAUCGUCGGUAAAACUGUAACCAGCUAACUACUGUGGCGUUUUGUUUUGUUGUUUUCACCACUGCGAGGUUCCCUUGGCCAAGAGCUGUGCAGUUGGAAGGUGGUUGAGGGGGCUCUUUUGGCGGCUCUGCAAUUGUAAAAUUUUCUGUUUGUUGGAACUCUACAAUGGAUUAUGUAAAUGUAAUAAUGUCAUAUUAGGAUCUUGAAAGAAAAUGGCCAGAUGUAAAGUUUGUAGCCAGCGCUAGAAUAGAGGGGAAUAGAAUGGCCUAUCUUGAGUGCUUCACCGUUAACCUUGCCUUAAGUCUUUGGCAAACGAAUAUACUAACCCCAUCCUAAGUUCUAUGGAGUAGGGAUCGUCGUUGUAAAUUCAAUACACUUGUUUCAUAAUUGUCAUUUUAAACAUGUGAUUCAUGUUAAAAUGAUGUCAAUCAUCACUUAUGAUGCGAUUGAACAAUAAAGCACAUGAAUUUGAAC